AUGGUUGAGGAAAACGAACACAUCCUGAGCAAACCUCCUCAAGAUUUUGACAUGAAAAUGUUCGUUGAGUCAUUCAAAGGGCAAUGUCUGCCUGGGGAAGAAUCAAACUUUGGACGUGAUAAGAAUGCUGCCGUGGAUUUAGCUGUGAGGCACAUUGAUCAGUUUUCUGCACUAGUCCAGAUUGUUUGGCAUAAGAUUUUCGUUUUACUGCAAAAACACCUCACAGAAAACAUUCAAGAUAUUGUAUUUUCCCCAAAGUAUUUAAAAGAGUUUUAUUAACAAUCUCUUGACAUUUCAAGAACAUUAGAGUAUAGAGGAUGGCUCAAAGAAUGUUUUCAGACACCUGAAAGCACUUUACUAAAACCAGUGGAGAUUAGCAUUGGCUUCGACAUUGUCCUUGGUGUAUUCCACAAUACACCACAUAUUGUUGGAGAGUCUGUCAGAGCAAAGUCACGUGAUGACAUGGUGUCCACAUUUUCUGUUAAGCAAAUGAAUGAUGUUGGCAAAGGAAAAGUUCGUUUUGUGGCUGCGUGGGCAGUGAGCAGGGUACUACAGAAGGCAAAAAAAUAUGUAAGGGACAACUUGUACACUGCUAGCAGUGCCACAAGGUCCCAAGUUAACAAGUGCCUUCACAAGAUUGAAGUUAUUGAAAGCAUUGUCGUGAUUCCCUGUGGAAUUUUAUGUUCUGAAACAAAGUAUCCUGGAACACUCGAACUGACAGAGUCACGACAAUACAGAACUCAUGGA